GUCAGAUCUCGGAUAUAAAGAUAGAUAUGUUUACGCAAAAAUCUGCUUUGUAACUGCAAACUUUUCAAGUUUGGACGUUUUGUGCACAAGUGAAGAUCCUGUUUUUAUACCUACUAAACGGAGCCUGUGUUCAAGACCGCAUACGUCUACAACGCAGCAAUCGUUAGUCUAAGGUAUUUGUAUAACGGUUAAAUUCUCAGUUCUCUGACGGACAGAAAACAGAUACCCCGCCAAGAAACCAGCCUUGCCUUUUUGAUGUAAUUGGACCAUGUCAAGACCAGCUUCUGAUUCUGCCUCGAUAGGACGCCAGAGAAAAUAAUUGUUGUUAAUGCGAUAGCAAAUGCAGUGCAUCUGGAGUGUCGAUCGUCGCCUCACGGUCAUACCAAGCAACGAACACUAGCUGAACGAUCGUCAACUGUCGCCGGAAAGUUAAAGCCGUCGUGAUCGCCAAAAAUCCGACCGGACACACGACGGCCAUCUUGGUUGAAAUUCUUCGGCUCGGGCGCGGUGUGUCCGUCGAAAAACGAAGAUUUCCUUUUAUUUAAGAAUGGGUAAGAAGCAAAGUAAAAAGCUUGACCCUGAGGUCUUGGGCGACCUUUUGAAGAACACAAAGUUCGAAGAAAAAGAACUAAAGUCGUGGUACAAAGGCUUCUUGAAAGAUUGUCCGAGUGGUUACUUAACGAAACAACAAUUUAUAGAAAUGUACAAGAAAGUAUUCGACAAAGGAGAUGCCUCGAGGCUUGCUGCUUGUGUGUUUCGGCGAUUUGAUGUGAACGGCGACGGCAAAAUUGACUUCCGUGAAUUUAUGUGCUCUCUUUCGGUGUCAACCCGAGGAACGAUGGAACAAAAACUUCGUUGGGCGUUCAGUAUUUACGACGUGAAUGGAGAUGGGUAUAUAACGAAACAGGAAAUGUUCCGAAUCGUGGACGCAUUAUACAAAACGAUGGGUGAUAAUCCGGAAGAAACCGAAGGCAUUCCGAACUGGGACGAACUUACUCCUGAAGAGCGCACACUUAAAGUUUUCCAUAACUUUGAUCAGAACAAAGACGGUGUUUUAUCAUUGUCGGAAUUCAUCGAGGGAGCCAUGCGUGAUAAAACCCUGGCGCUUAUUUUGGAACAAGGAGCAGAGAAGACAUGAGAGGGUGGCUGUUAAACAGAUGUUUUUAAGAACAGGAGAAGCAACUCAUUGCCUAACCCAGGUUGCUAUCAGAUACUCUGUCUAACAUUAUAUUCGAAUAUGGUUAGUUUGAAGUGCGUGUUCAUAGUUUAAAGAACCUACACGUAGUUUUUCAUGUAGUUUGGCACCGAGGAUUUAAUAUUUCCUUCUAAACCUUCCUCUUGGUGCCGGCCACUACGGCGCUCAACAUUAUGUGAGCCAGCGGUGAUGUCUUUAUGUCGGAGAGGAAUUAAUUGCUAAUGAAGAGGGGAUAGUCUUUUACGAGGGUGGCAAAGGGUUUUUAAGUGAUUUGUGAUUACGACCAAAGCUUUUUGACGCGUGAAUUUUACCAAAAGGCGAGGGUGAUUUGUGAAUUUAUGAAUUAGAGUGAGGCGUGAUUUGCUUACUAAAAUAUACGUGACCGGUGAAUUAUUUCUUUCGGUUCGUGUAAACCUCAGAAAAGAUAUUUAAAUUUUUCCCUUUUAAAUUCGCGACGCUAGUGUACGUGAUGCGUUAUAAAAAAUUCGUGCGUGAAAUGGGAUCAUGACCCCUCCUUUGCUUCCCCCUAUCGUGGUUGAUCUGUUAUUUUUGUGUGAAUUAUUCACUUUGUGUCCAAAGCAAAUUAAGCUCGAAAUGGUCUGUCUUUGCAGUAAGAAAAAAAAAAAACUUUGUAUUUAGUUUUGUACGAUGCACCAAUGAUGUCAAAUUUUACCAUAGCUUGUGAGACUAACUUAUCAUAAACGUAUUCAGCAAGGAGACUUUGCUUCUCCAUCGAAGCUUUUCAUCUAAAGAAGCAUUAUGUUCCAGGAUAUCUCUGCCAUUGAACACUGAAUGUAAAGUUUAAAAAACUGUCCUCGAACGUGCUUAAACUCACAUUGUGCGGGCCGCCAUUUUUAUCUUGCAUAGCAACCUGGCCGCUAACUUUUGAAGUAACAAAGCCUCACUGCUGCUCAAGUUAUAAAAGACCGCAUUAUUUGAGUUCAAUGACUUUUGUGUAGCUCCUAUUUAUCCGGAUAGGCACCUUAAGAAAGAAAAGAGAAAGGAGAAAAAUACAAAACCAAACAAACAAAACAAAACCAAAAAAAACAA